AUGGGAUUCGCCCGACGCGGACGACGGUUUCGCGACGCCGCGCGAGGCGACGCGUCGACGCCGCCGACGCCGACGCCGACGCGACCGUCGGACGCGACCGCGGGCGCGCGGGCGAGCGCGGGCGCGCGCGCGAUCGUCUCGAGCGGGCACGGAGACGUCGACGCGAUGCUCGGCGGUGGAUUCGCGUUGGGCGGCGUCGCGCACGUCGGCGGCGACGGCGCGAGCGCGUCGGCGGCGACGACGUUCGGGGGGUACUUCGUCGCCGAGGGAGGGGCGACGACGGGGCAUCGGGUGUGUUGGGUGCGACGGGGCGGGCGGGCGGCGGCGACGGCGACGGUGCCGCGCGCGGUGGAGACGGCGACGGCGGCGACGGCGAUGGAGGCGACGGCGGCGACGGCGGCGGCGACGGCGAGUGAUGGAUUGCGCAUCGCGUGGCAAUACAGGCGGUAUCUCAAGGCGGGGCGGACGCUGGACGACGCGCGCGUGGGACGCGGGUCGACGGCGACGACGGCGCGGGCGUCGUCGUCGGGGACGCGGAAAAAUCUGCGCGCGCCGGAUUUUUGUCACGCGUACGAUUUGACCAAGCCGGCGUUGGAGGAGACGACGGCGCGCUUUGAGUUCGCGCCGUUUCGCUCGAGCGAUGACGAUGGCGGCGGCCGCGCGUGGGCGCGGAGUUUCGAGUUCAUCGAGUCGUUCGUGCGCUCGCUCGAGGACGGCGAGGUCGGGCGGGUGUUGGUUGAGCCGGAGACGCCGAGUGAUGAGUCGGAGUGGAUCGAGUGCGCGAAGUUUGCGCGCGCGCUCAAAGGUUUGACGCGAGACACGAACGCGGUGGCGGUGUUGAUUGUCCCGCUCGGCAGCGCGCCGCCGAAGUGGGCCGCGCUGAUUCGCCACGUCGUCGAUUGCGCCAUUGACGUGCAGCCGCUGGACGGACCGACGAGCGAGAUAGAAGCGCUACUUCCGGACCCGCACACGUGCGUCGGACUCGUCGCCGUGCGCAAGCUUCAGUUUGAUGGUGCCUUGACGCCGGCGCUCACGCGCAUGGACCGCGUGUACGCGCUUCAGUUACGACGGAAACGUAUGGCGAUCAGACCGCUCCAGUUCAGACCGGAGGAGGACAAGAAAAAGAAGAAUGACGGCGGGUGCGCAGCCGUUGAAGGCACGGGAUUAGACGACUUUUAG